AUGCUAGCAAAGCCGCUUCUUCGAACUGUCACGCCGCUCAAGUAUGCUGUCCGGCCGUCGUUGCCGCCGAGUUCGGCCCGUUGGUUCACCGCAGGAAAGCUCCAGAUCAACGCAGAUCGAAUGAUGAAGACGCUUCACGACACAUGUGAAUGGGGCGCCGCUCAUCGCUAUGGCAGUGGACCUUUCGAGACCGGAAUGGCACGUCUCACGCUCGACGAGAACGAUGCAACCGUUCGACGAUGGCUGACCGGCGAAGCCAAGAAGCUCGGUUGCUCGGUGACGGUCGAUCAAAUGGGCAACACGUUCAUGAUUCGCGAAGGCAAGCACUCGGGUCCACCCACUGCAAUGGGCAGUCACCUCGAUACGCAGCCGACCGGCGGAAGAUAUGACGGGAUCUUAGGGAUCAUGGCUGGCCUCGAAGCUUUGCGCACCAUGAACGACCACAACGUUCAAACCGAGUAUCCGGUCGCACUGAUCAAUUGGACGAACGAAGAAGGCGCGAGGUAUCCGCAAUCGAUCGUGGGCUCCGGUGUCUGGUGCGGCGAUGUACAGCUCGAGAAAGCUUGGGCCCUUCAAGACGUCAAAGAUUCCAGCUUGACAAUGAAGAGCGAGCUCUCCAAGAUCGGAUUCUUGGGCGAGACAAAGUGUAGCCACACAGCAACGCCGCUAGCGGCCCAUUUCGAGCUGCAUAUCGAACAAGGACCGAUCCUGGAGGCGACCGGAAAGAAGGUCGGCAUCGUGCAAGGUGGUCAGGCGUACAAGUGGUUCGAUAUCAAUGUGAAGGGUAGGGAGUGUCAUACGGGGUCUACGCCGUUUGAUACCAGGUCGGAUGCGAUGCUGUGUGCAGCUAGGAUCAUCGUGGAGAGCAACAAGAUUGCCAAGGAGCACAAAGGACUGGCCAGUACUGGCAUCCUUCGUCUCUCACCUGGCAGCGUCAACACCUGUCCCGGUCACGUCUUCUUCACGCUCGACGUGCGUCAUCCUUCCACCGACGCUCUCGCCGCUCUGUGCUCGGAGAUCGAAGCAGCUGCACGUCGAAUCGCCGCAGAAGACAGCGAAAAGGGCUGUGGGCUCGACUGGCUCGAAACGUUCCAUAGCCCAGCAAUCACCUUCCACCCCGACUGCAUCGCCAGCGUCCGCAAAGCCGCCGAGGCCAACUAUGGCGCCGAGCAGGGAAUCGACAUCUACAGCGGUGCGGGGCAUGACACGUGUUCGACCAGCAAGGUGUGCCCUUCAAGCAUGAUCUUCAUCACCAGCAAGGACGGCAUCUCGCACAACCCGAGAGAAUACUCAAGCCCGGAAGACUGCGCCAUCGGUGCGCAGGUGUUGAUGGACGCUGCGCUGUCGUACGAUUCACAGCGCCAAGGCUGA